AUGGCCGGCCAGUCACGGGCCUCGCCGUCGACCGGCCGCCGAGUAGAGCGGUCCUGUGUCAUCUGCCACCGCCGCAAGGUGCGCUGCGACAAGCAGUCGCCGUGUUCGCAGUGCUCCCGCGGCGGGUACACUUGCCUAUACCCGCAGACCGGGCCGCCGGUGCGCCGCGUGCGGAAAACGACCAUCACGGACGUGGCCAGUCGCAUUUCUGAGCUGGAGAAGACGUUGAUCACGGUUUCUCGUGAGCAGGAGACGAAAUUGAGUCUUAGGCCUUUCAACCCAGCUCCAAGUCACACCGGUGCAAGCCAAACCGGUAGAGAUUAUACCAGUACAAGUCAUACUAGCACAGCUUACCAAACAUCUCCCGCUGUUGAGCCGCCAGGUCGGCCCGCCAGGUCGGAAUGCACCGACGACAGCCCUACCGACGAGGUCUUGCUGAAGAAGGGGUCUUCCAGCCAGUAUUUCAACGAAGUCCUCUUCUCUCGCGUGAUUGAACAGGAACAUGACGUUCGCUCGGCGCUCUCAACGCCAAGGAGCCAGUCUCCACAACAAUUCACCUCAUCACCAUUCAACCUGAUGGGCAUCCUGUCUAGCAAGUGCUUCGAGCAACCGCUCACCUGCUAUCUGCCCACCAAGUUAGCGGCCAUGCAACUGUGGAGAGUCUAUGUUGACAGCGUCGACCCGUGCAUAAAGAUCCUCCACAUUCCUACUGAUGAAAUCUCCAUCUAUACGACCAUCGACGACCCCAAUAACGCAUCAACCGAGGUUUUGGCCGUAUGCUAUGCUGUUUAUUUUGCAGCGACAGUUGCGUUAGAGCCCGCUGAAGUGGCUAACUUACUUGAGGAUGAUAAAUACUCGUGCCUUUAUAAGUUCAAGAAGGGCGUGGAGCAGGCGUUUGCACGCGGCGAGUUUCUCGAGGCCCCAACUGUGGGUCUACUGCAAGCGCUUGCAAUCUACUCGGCCGCUGUACGAGUCCACAACUCCGGACGAGGCAUCUGGGUUCUGAAUGGCCUUGCCACCCGAGCUGCAGAGUCCAUUGGUCUGCACAGAGACGGGAAAAAACUCAACCUAUCUCCAUUCGAGUCUGAAAUACGCCGUCGUCUAUGGUGGCACCUGGUCGCUCGAGAUGGAAGAGCUGCUGAAGACCACGGUCUGAACAACACAUACAGUCCCGCCCUCAUGUCUGGUGUUGACUUGCCCCUCAACCUAGAAGACGUCGAUCUAUAUCCAGAGAUGAAAGAGCUGCCGCCGCCCCGUGCUGGCUGGACCCGCAUGACGCUGGCUCUGGUAAAUAUCGAGGUUGCCCGGGUGUGCGGCAAGCUGCUGCAACCAGGUCCCGGUACUGGGACUCCGCGGGAGUUAUUCCGUGCGCAGGUCGUCAGUGAGGCCAAGGACAAGAUGGCCGAGGCCCUCAGCCGCUGUAACUAUGUCAUCCCUCGGCAGAGAAUGACGAUAAAAGUUGCGCAGUUGAUUCUCCGAAAACUCGAUCUCGUGUCCCGUCAGCGAGAGAGUGUGGACAGUUUCAGCGGGUUGGCUACCGAGGACAAUCUGCUCGAGGCACUGAGCAUUCUCGAAGAAUCAGACAACAUUUGGUCGGAUGACCUCCUGCGGCCCUUCCGCUGGUCGAUGCGCGCUUACCCGCAGUUUCACAUGAUGCUCUAUAUCCUGUGGUAUCUCUGCGUUCGGCCGCAGGGCUCUAGCGCAGCUCGAGCGUUGGAAGCGGUUGGUUACCAUCUAGAAAAGACGCGGACGACGGAUGCAUGUGCGACCAAUGAAUCUAAAUGGAUGGUGCUUGCAGCCCUGAAAUCAAAAGCGAUUUCCAUUAUGAAUUGUUCCAAAGGCGACGAUAGCCUUGGGGUUGACGGAGCGUGUUUGACGCCUCAACCUGCCGAUGAUAGCAUGGGUCUGGUUGCAUGGAAGACUGGGAUGGAGACUAGCGGAGAACAGGAAUUUGAUAACCCGCAGGGGAUACUGGAUUGGAGAACCCUCUUAGAAGAUUUUCAGCUAGAUGCCACUGACUUGUCGAUCUUUUAA